GUACACCUGUGUGUGCCUUCCUCUGGACCCAUGUGACUCAGAAGGAACCUGUAUAAAUGUGCCAUACACCACACUCUGAGUGGUUCCUCUAAUCUGGGGUGUGUUCUUCCUGCCCAAUCCUACGGACUGAUCCCUCCUAGCCAUAGGGCUCCCCCUUCUGUGCUAAGCAAACAGGAGGCCCUGAAGGUAAACAGGUGUGCCUUCACAGUGAGGGGUGGGGCAUGGGCACCCUGCCUGCAGCCUCCUGCUGCUCCAGACCCCAAACCAGGAACUGGUACCCUUUCUGUGGCCCAAGAACCUUCUCUCCCUUUGUAUCCUACUCCUCCCCUCCCAUGUCAGUGUGCUGACCCUCACCUCUUGAAUAAAUCUUCCAAAUUCCUGUUUUCCCUUAUGCCAGCUCCUGAUCCCUCCCCCUUUCUUCAAGGCCAGAUAGUUAAUAUUUGACCUGGAAGGGAAAGGAGAGGCCAGUGGCACCCUCUGACCCUGCCUAUGAUUGUCUGGUGACAUGGGGUGGACCAGGCCUCCACAACUAGUCCAGCCCAGGAAACUUUCGGAGGACCCUCAGGGUUCAGGAGGCCUGUUGUAGGGUUUGGGGGAUACUUAACACCUCUAUUCUAUCCCCAGUUGGUUGGAUUGAGGGAAUAGUCUCCAAGAUGUGCUUGCUUAAGACUCAAGUAACUGGCCUGGCACAUUACAGCUUCCUGUACAGACAUUACACCUACCCAGCUAGGGGACCCAGAUAUCCACACUCCACCCACACACACACACUCUAGCAGGUAGGGACACGUGUGGAUGCCUAAGCAGAGGGUGUGCAGUAUGGACUCGCAUGGGCAGGACAAAGAUGUACACCCCCUUGGAGAAGAAUGCUGAGAAGUGUCUAAUUAAACAGAAAUUCCAGAGGGAGCUCUUAGGCCAAGAAAAAGAGGAAAAAAAAGAAAAAAAGGAAAACAGGACAAAUUAACAAAGGCCCAUUAAGUGACUGGCCAGUCCUUCCUGCAUAAGGCACCCCCGCAGACAGCAGGGGCAGCUACUGCCCCAUUGUUGGAGGAGUAGGCAGUCUCUGAAAACCGAAACUCCAAGAUGGGAGCCUAGCAGAUUUCUGACCUGGCUGGAGGAAGGCUGUUACCUUGGGUUUAGGUUGGAGGGUGGGGGGGUAGAGUCUAGAUAGCAGUUCCACUCCAGCCUCCUGCAUUAAAACAGGGAUGCACAGAAUGAUUGUGAAUCAAUCCUGGCGUGGGAGAGCAGUGGUUGCUGGGCCUCUGCCCUUUAGUGCCGCCUUAAGUCUGUGUAAUGCCAUCCAUCUUCCACCCACACAGAGAUCAAAGUGCUUUUGCCCCUCCCCCCUCUCUCCUUUAGAAAACAGACCUGAGAGAACCAGGACUAGCCCUGUUGCUGGGGACAAGGUGACUCCAUCAGUAAUCUGCACCCCCUCUAUGACUCCAUGACUCCUGCUCACCAUGGAGCUUCCAUUUGGUGCAGAAAGGCAUGUGGUCCUUCCCUCCCUCUGACUUCGUAGCUGUGAUUCCAUGGCCACACAACCUGGUGGCUCCAUGUCCCCCCCAUUCCAGGAUCCUCCCUGGCCCCAUGACUCCUUGACCCCCAUGGCCUCAUGACCCCUGACCUUCCACAUGCUUCCUGGACUUUGACCCUUGUGACUGUUUUUCUCAUCCCCUUCUGUGACUCUGGUCCUGGUUGUCCUUGGGGGUCUUGUUGGUCUGGACCUCCCCAGGAAGAUGUGGGGGAGGCUCUGGUCACUCCUCUUCAGCUUCCUCACAGCAACAGCAGUCCCUGGACCCUCACUGCGGAGACCAUCCCGAGAGCUGGACGCUACCCCACGUAUGACCAUCUCCUAUGAAGAGCUCUCUGGGACCCGACACUUCAAGGGUCAAGCCCAGAACUACUCAACACUGCUGUUGGAGGAGGCCUCAGCAAGGCUGCUAGUAGGAGCUCGAGGUGCCCUGUUCUCUCUCAGUGCCCGUGACAUAGGAGAUGGGGCACACAAAGAGAUCUACUGGGAGGCCUCCCCAGAGAUGCAAAGCAAAUGCCAUCAAAAAGGGAAAAACAACCAGACGGAGUGCUUCAACCAUGUGCGGUUCCUACAGCGGCUCAAUGCCACCCACCUAUACGCAUGUGGGACUCAUGCUUUCCAGCCCCUGUGUGCGGCCAUUGAUGCUGAGACCUUCACCUUGCCAUCCAGCUUUGAGGAAGGGAAGGAGAAGUGUCCUUAUGACCCAGCCCGUGGCUUCACAGGCCUCAUCAUUGAUGGAGGCCUCUACACAGCCACAAGGUAUGAAUUCCGGAGCAUCCCCGACAUCCGCCGGAGCCACCAUCCACAUUCUCUAAGAACUGAGGAGGCACCAAUGCACUGGCUCAAUGAUGCCGAGUUUGUGUUCUCCGUACUGGUGCGAGAGAGCAAGGCCAGUGCAGUGGGUGAUGAUGACAAGAUUUACUACUUCUUUAUGGAGCGCGAGGAAGGCUCCAGCAGUUUCACCCAGAGCCGCAGCAACCAUCGUGUGGCCCGUGUGGCCCGUGUGUGCAAGGGUGAUCUGGGAGGGAAGAAGAUCCUGCAGAAGAAGUGGACAUCCUUCCUCAAGGCUCGUCUCAUCUGCCACAUUCCACAGUAUGAGACACUGCGUGGAGUCUGCAGCCUGGAUGCUGACACCUCAGCCCGCACACACUUCUAUGCAGCCUUCACGCUGACCACACAGUGGAAGACUCUGGAGGCCUCAGCCAUCUGCCGCUAUGACCUGGCUGAGGUACAGGCUGUCUUCGCAGGUCCCUACAUGGAGUAUCAGGAUGGUGCCCGGCGCUGGGGCCGCUAUGAGGGGGGGGUGCCUGAACCCCGGCCUGGCUCGUGCAUCACAGAUUCAUUGCGCAGCCGAGGCUACAACUCAUCCCAAGACUUGCCAUCCCUCGUCCUGGACUUUGUGAAGUUACACCCACUAAUGGCUCGGCCUGUGGUGCCCACACGCGGACGGCCCCUGCUACUCAAGCGCAAUGUGCGCUACACACAUCUCACAGGGACACAGGUCACCACUCCUGCUGGACCCACCUAUGACCUGCUCUUUCUGGGCACAGCGGAUGGCUGGAUCCACAAGGCUAUAGUCCUGGGCUCUGGGAUGCACAUUAUCGAAGAGACACAAGUGUUCAGGAAGCCCCAGCCUGUGGAGAAUCUAGUCAUCUCUCUGAUGCAGCACAGCCUCUACGUGGGGGGUUCUAGUGAAGUCAUUCAGCUACCACUGUCCAGCUGCUCCCGCUAUCGUUCCUGCUAUGACUGCAUCCUGGCCCGGGACCCCUACUGCAGCUGGGACCCCAGCACCCAUGCUUGUGUGGCAGGCACCACCAUAGCCAACAGGUCCCAGGGUAGCAGGACAGCACUGAUACAAGACAUAGAGAGAGGAAAUAGAGGCUGUGAUAGCAGUAGGAAUACAGGGCCACCGCCACCACUGAAGACCCGCUCUGUGCUCCGGGGUGAUGAUGUCCUCCUGCCCUGUGACCAACCAUCCAACCUUGCCCGGGCUUUGUGGCUACUCAAUGGGAGCAAGGGCCUGACUGAUGGGCAGGAUGGCUACCGUGUGGGUGUAGAUGGGCUGCUGGUGACAGACACACAGCCAAAACACAGUGGCAACUAUGGCUGCUAUGCUGAGGAGAAUGGCCUUCGUACCUUGCUGGCCUCCUACCACCUCAUGGUCCGGCCAGCCACUCCUGCCCCAGCUCCACAAGCCCCUGCCACACAUGGGGCACAGCUGGCACCUGACAUGAGGCUGCUCUAUGUGCUAGCCAUUGCUGCACUUGGUGGCCUCUGCCUCAUCCUGGCCUUAUCCCUCCUCUAUGUGGCUUGUCUGCAGGGAGGCAGUCGAGGACGCCAACGAAAAUACUCACUGGGUCGGGCUGGCCGGGCAGGGGGCUCAGCCGUGCAAUUGCAGACGGUCUCAGGCCAGUGUCCUGGAGAGGAUGAUGAUGGUGAUGAUGGGGAGGGGACUGGGGGGCUGGAAGGCAGCUGCCUCCAGAUCAUCCCUGGGGAGGGCACUCCAGCACCACCUCCCCCACCACCUCCCCCACCACCAGCUGAGCUGACCAACGGACUGGUGGCACUGCCCAGCCGGCUGCGAAGGAUGAAUGGCAACAGCUAUGUGCUCCUGAGGCAGAGCAACAAUGGAGUGCCAGCAGGACCCUGCUCCUUUGCAGAGGAACUGAGCCGCAUCCUAGAGAAGAGGAAGCACACACAGCUUGUAGAGCAGCUAGACGAAAGCUCUGUUUGAGCCCAGGCUCCCAAACAAAUGCUCUUCCAAGCCAGCCUGUCUCCCAGUCUGGGCCGCUGCCUCCCCAACACAGGCACCCUUCUUCACAUCCCCCACUCCCUGCCUUUCUCCCAACUUUUUGACAUCUCUGUCAGAUGGCCAGAAUCAUGCCCAGCCAAAGCCCCUUCCUCAAUCUCCAAGACCCACACGUGAGCAGCCCAGGCCCACCGGUGCUCCUCAGAGGUAGGUGCUCCCUCAGGACCAGCUGCCCUGCAAACCCAGACCCAGUUUCUAUCCCCUUUACUUAAAUGCUUGGGAGGAGAGGACUUCAUUCUCUUGUCCUGUUUUCUGCCCAAUCCUUCCUCUUCCUCCUAGGUAGGGCUCUGCAGGUCCAGAUGGCCUCAAUGUCACCAGCCUCUGCUUAGCCCUGUGUGCUGGGUAGUCCUGAAUCCAGACAAGACCUCUGCCACUACCUGAGCCCUGCGUACAUUUCCAUGUGCACAUGGGAGAAUGUUUAUCAGCUGGGCUGCAGUGCUGUCCCACCCCCCUUUCUGGUGCAUUCUAGUGUUUCAUUCCUUCUUCUGGAUUUGGGGUACUCGCCCAACUAUCCCAUCCCUAUCUAGUCCUCUUCCCCAGUCCUAGCCCCACAUGGUGACUCCUUUGGCAAGAGCUUGGGAACAAGCCAGCGUGGGAUGAUAAGACUGCCUCAUUCCCCUCUUCUCCCUUUCUGUAGAGCCCUUGGAAGUCAGUCUCCCCACUCCCCUUCGUCACAUGGAAGAGUAACAACAGAGCUCCAGGCAUGUCCCUUCCCCAGGCAUAUGUGGAACACACACCAAUCACACAUGUGCUUACAUUUCUAUCCACAUGCACCUUGAGCUUCUCCUUGCUGCCUCGGACCUGUGUCUGUUGGGUUUGGUCUGCAGACAUUUCAAAGGGAGAUUCCCCUCCCACUUAGCUGUCUCGCAGUCCCUUCCCUAGGACGGAUGACCAACACUGCACUCAAUGAGCCAGCCUCCCUUUUGGGGACCAAGCAUUUGCUUCCCCUAGAUCAGAGCAGGGGAGGCAAGAUCUGACUUCUCACUGGCAAAUGAAGCCCGUUCUUGGAACUAUGCAAAGGGCAGAGGCUGGGAGUUUGGAUGUUUGGCUCCCACCCCUGUCCUACCUCACCGGGGCACUUUCAGGGUCCAGGGGCCUCAGAAGUCUCCAGGCCCCUAUGGAACAAUCAAUCCUGACUGAGCUCCCCCAUUCCCUUGUGUGAGGAUGACUGUUAUUUUUGUAGCUGAGAACGUGGAAUCCCACGGGUUUUUACUGCCCUUUGUCCAAACCUCUCCCACCUCCACCCCACAAUGAAUGUAUUUAUUGUGAGAACGGCUGCACUUCUUCAGGAAUGCCCCCACUCAUCACCCAGGUGGGUGGAACGGGCAUGUGACAGAGUGGGGAGCCUGGGCUCAGCUCCUCCCCUGAUGUUGGUUAAUAAAUGUCCUCUUUCCCCACAGUUAUGAGCAGUCUGCUUGAUCUAGAGUUGCCUCCCCUGAUCAUCAGGGGUCAGGCUCUGAGCUAUGCAGAUGGUGCUGCAGUGAUUCCUGCAUCAGGGUUGGCUUUGUUCCUCAUAAAACUAUUUGCAGAGGAAACUAGGAUCCUCAGCUUCCACCUUGACUACUGGGCAGGCACAUACAUAGGCUCUUUGGUUAAAGAUCUUAUUAUUCAUUGAUUGUGGUGACAAGGUCAUGACAAACAACAAAAAGUAAGAUUUCACACAAGGGUUUCUAACUUCAUUCCUGGCUUUUUCAUCACCCCCCUUCAGUAUCUAUUUUUUGAGAUGGAGGUGUCACCAUGUUGCCCAGGCCAGUCUCAGACUCCUGGGAUCAAGUGAGCCUUUGGAGGAGCUGAAACUACAGGCAUGUACCACUAAACCUACAAAAUACUCCUUAUUAGCCCUCCUGCUUUUCUCUGAGCUUUUUAGCACCUCCUAUCCCCUAGUCUAAGUGAAGACACAAUUUCUGUACAAAGAGGUGUCUUGAGGUGGGAGUACAGGGAAAGGAACCUGGUCUGAGAAUCUCCCUCCAGGAGUCAGGCCUAGACACCUGAUUUUAACACUAACCACAUUGAAGGGUUCUACACUCUGCUUCUGAUAUUAAGAUAAUGAAAAAUGAGGUUUAUGCUUAAUAUCCACACAUUUUGGAAUUAAGACCUCCAAGUGUGACUUUGGGUAAGUUUGAUGCCCCAGAUCUUCUAAUCUGUACACAAAUGUUCACAUGGAUCGGUGUCUUGCCCAAUGCUAGGCCACAGCAGAGAAAAGCCAUCUCUAAGCGCAGCAGGGAUUCUUUGAGAAGCCAGCCUUGAGAUCUCUCCCUGUGGUUUUUUUUUUUUUUUAAUACUGGAGUUUGAAUUCAGGGCCUCAUGCUUGCUAAGCAGAGGCUCUACCACUUGAGCCAUUCCACCAGCCCUCACUGUGUUUUGUAAUCACUAUUACCAUUUCAGACUUCAGAAAACAAGAACCCUGUACAAAAAACUUCAAGGUUUGCUCAUCUUGGGUUUCAGGGAUACCAACUGGAUUGGAAUUAGGGGAUUCACACAGUCACUGUGUGGGCACUG